AGCUGUAAUGCACUACAACAGCUGGCACCCUCUCAGCACAUCUUCACACUGAGUAGCCACUCUGCUGCUGCUGCUGCUGUUGUUGCGGCAGCAGCAUCAUCCUCUUAAAAACCACAAACACAGCUAGCGAUUCUUUGAAAGGCUUGUUUGGAUUUUGCAUGGAUGCUCCUUUUUCUUGCUACACCAGGCAUGAACAGAAGUCUGCAGGCUCUGGAGCAUGAGUACAGGUACGCAGGCCUACAUGCAUGAAAGUGUGUGUGUCAGGCAGCAGUGAUGAGUGAACAGGCACUGGUCCACGAGCCUUCAUCCCCAUGCCAGAGCCCGGGUCAGCAGACGGGCCUGCACCGAGCGGCCAUGGUGGGGAACAGUGAUGUCACGGCCGCUCUGAUCCAGGGCGGCUGCGCUGUGGACCUGCAGGACAGAGACGGCAACACUGCGCUGCAUGAGGCAUCCUGGCACGGUUUCUCUCACUGUGUCAAACUGCUGGUCAAGUCAGGAGCUGAUGUACACAUCAGAAACAAGGCAGGAAACACAGCACUCCACCUGGCCUGUCAGAACGCACAUGCUCCGACCGCUCGCCUUCUGCUGCUCGGAGGAUCCACACCAGACACCAAGAACAAUAGGGGCGACACCUGUUUGCAUAUGGCUGCUCGCUACAACAACCUGACCGUGGUAAAAAUCCUGCUGAGUUCCCCGUGCUCUGUGAAAGAGAGAAACCAGGCAGGGGACACCGCUCUCCACGUGGCUGCGGCUCUGAACCAUAAGAAGACAGUUCAGCUCUUACUGGAGGCGGGGACUGAUGGGAAAAUCAGAAACAAUGCAGGUAAAACAGCCCUGGACAAAGCCAGAGAUAACAACCACAAAGAUAUGGCACAUCUCCUGGCCAGAGCUCCUCAGGUACAUCGCUUCAUGCGAGGAAGAACAAUCAGGAAACAAAGAGAAAGAGUGACAGCUGAGCGCAGGACCCAGUCCGACCCUAGAGUAGAAAUUCUACCAAACAAAGACAGCAGUUCUGUGACGGAGGAAUCCCCCAGCAGUGAACAAACGGAGAGCAGAACAGCCUUUAAGGUGCGUCCUCACCAGCAGCAGCAGCAUUACCACAAAAGCCCAGCCGCCAUCAGCAGCCACUACAUCCACCGGAAGAGGAGGAGAGGCAAGGAACCGGCUUCAAAUCAAAAUGAUCUGAGAAAAGGCAAGAAUGAGAUCCAUGUUAAGAAGAAUCUGCUCUGGGACGAUGGUGAAGAUUCAGCUCAGAAUGACAAAUUCUAUCAGCUUUACACACUGUACCGUGACAAGGAUGGCAACAUUAGACAGGCCCCAGCCGAUGGAUGCCACUGUAAGCCCCUGCUCAAGAAGCUGGAGGGCCAACUGAAAGCCACGCAGGAGGAGAUGAGGCUGCACAUCCUCAACGUCCAGGAACAGGUCAACAGUAAACUGGGCAAAAUGGACCACAGGAACAGACACCAGAUUAAAGUGUUGGACAUGCUGAAUCAGGAAAGAGCAGCAGCAGAGAGGAAGAACAUGGUUUACGAGAUCAAGCAGAGAGCUGCCCAGGGAAGAGAGGAAGCCCUGAUGACACAGCAGGCGGCAGUGAGUCAUGAACUGAAGAGGUGGUGUCUGUCCCAGUUGAAGGACAUGGACGUCCACGUCCCAGCCAAAGCCCAGUAUUACAAACUCCUCCCCUCCCAGUCUGUGGAGCAGUCGGUGGCAGACGCUGACCCGGAGUCGCUCCCCCUGCUGUCGGUGGUGUCUGGAGACAGCAGCACUUCACUGGCUACCUACGUCAACAUCCUGCCAUCUAACUCUACCUACAGUCUGGGAGGCCCAGAGACGGAGCAGAUGGGGAGCAGGACAUACUUUGAAAUGAAAGUGGACAGGUCCCCAGAUGACUAUGAGAACACAGCCCUGUUUGCUGCCAACCACACCUCAGGCCUCCUGCUGGGCUCUGUCGACCCCCUCUGGCAGCCUACGGGAGUGCAGGACAGUCCCACAGCAGCAGCGAUGCCUCUGUGUGGGGAGGGCCUCUCCACCAGCACCAGCAGCAGCAGCCAGUCCACCAUCAGCGCCCAGGGACCCAGACUGAUCCAACAUCAGGAACAAGACAGGAAACACUUUGGAGAGCUGAUGAGUGCGCGCAGGCGUGUAAGCAUACACAGUGAGGGCGCCAGAACGCUGGAGUUCUUCAUCAACCGCCCCGCUGAGCCCACAUUCAGCCAGGAGAGGAACAAUCAGCACGCUGUGGAGGUGACUCAGCGUUUCUUCGAGACGGUGUCGACUCAGUUGGAACGUUGGUACGAGAGGAAGAUGGCCGAGUUGGAGCAGCAGACGGCGCUCAGAGCCCAGCAGGACAGGAACGAGCUACUGCAGCAAAUAGGCACGCUGGAGGAGGAGCUUCAGAGGCUGAGUACCAAUGAGAAUGCAGAAAGCUGAAUCGCCCUGACAGUGACUAACGCUGGAGAGAGACUGACACAGAAAGGAUGAACUUGUUCACUUUGAUUUUACAUUUAAAAACUCAGCUGUGUUUUGUGUGUGUGUGUGUGUGUG